AUGUCGUCAAAUGUUGUGUCCUUGCCCACUACGGACCCAACAACUAUUUCGGCUCCCAGCGGUUUGGCAGUAGAGACAGAUGGAGAUAUCACCGAGGCAGUCGAGCAUCAACCAACCCAGCAGUUUGCAACUUUCCCUGCUACUGUUGACGUCCCCAUCAUCCAACCUGCUCUUCCUGAAAAUCCUCAUCUCCGAAGCCAACACCCUUCUCAGUCUGCCAUGGCUCCCGAUACCCCGAGCCACCAGCUCAUGUCUGGUCUCUCGGAUGCUUGUGACCCCAACACGGCCCAACCCUUCAAUCAGCACCUUGGCCAUCAGCGAGCUGCUUCUGUGCAGCCGCUUGGUCAGGAUGCCAUGCGUGUCAUGCCUCAGAGUGCACCGCUGCCUGGUCUGAACCUCUUGAUGGGCCGCAUGGCUGAUAACCAGAACAACUGGUCUGCUGGAUUUUCCCAGGCCCCGGAUUAUAUCCAGCCUUCUCCUUAUGUUGUUCAGGAUCAGCAGGCCUUCAGCCAGCAGUAUACUGGUCAGACUUAUGAAAUCGUGUAUGUGAUGGAUCCUAAUCACGCUGCUGGAAAUGAGGAUUCUCGGCAGCCGGUGUCAGGCCCCAGCUUCUUGCUUUCGCCUAGCCCUAGCCAGAGUCAGACUGCUGUUCCUUUGGGUCAGCAGCUGUCUAGCAUGGAUCUUGAUCGUGAUUCUACUUUGGUAUAUGACCAGAGUGGUCAAUUGUUGUCUAUGCAUUAUCAGGGUUCGAGUCAGCAGCCCACGGCCCAGCAGUCUUCGGCCGAUGUCCCCAUGAGAGGCGAUGUUUCUUCUUCGCCUCUUCAGCAGGCGGUGUCUUCUUCGACUAUUACCAGUGGAUCUCCCUUGACCCAUGUCCAGGGCGAUCAAGUGUGCAAGUAUCAGCGGGAUCUCAGCCAGUUCCCACAUCUACAUUCCUUCGCAGGGCCGUACCAGCAGCCUUUCGGUGCUGGACAAGUCCCGUCCGGUUUUCCUGCUGCCCAGCAACGUGUUUUGAGCCCCAAUCAGCCGUUGCCCAGUCGCCAAGCUACGAGCCAGCUCCUCGGCGAAGACAAAGAUUUGACCAGUCUCACUGUUGGGGAUAGCUUUGCUUCAACAAGCCAAAAAUUGAACCAGCAGCCGAUUCCUCGUGUACCUCCGCCUGGACUUUCUGCUACUGGCGGCUAUGUUUGGCCUGAAAGUCAAGAUGGUCAACCUUGGGCCAUUGAACAUGGUUUAAGCAACACUGUCGUGGAUAAUGUUCAGCAGCAGCCCAUUAACGUGAACGAGCAGACCAUUCCUGGUCCUGCUGUUACUUGCAGCACUUCAGGGCUUGUCCCUGGUGCUGCUACCCCUAACCUCCCCAAGAAGCCUAUUUUUGGUUUUGCUACUACAUCAGAAGCCGAAAACUUCCAAUCUGAGCCCAGGAAGAAGUCUGCUUUUGGUAUGCAGGUAAUACAUGGCUUGCCCGCCGCCCCAUGUCAAGGCCCUCAGUAUUCAGGUCAGGGAUAUGAGGGCUCAGAGCCUACGCGCGAGAGGAAUCCAUUUGGUCUGCCUAUUGCAGGAAAAGGCCGGCGGAUUGUACCUGCUGUGCCUUUCCUUAGGCAUCUCCCCGCUUCUAAGAGCGAGGUGAAGCCUGAGAAAUGUUCUCCUGCCCCUUUGGGGAAUGUUGUCGCGGGUGGAAAUGACUCUGACUUGUCAGCAAAAGUUUGGAGCCAAUUUGCACCCUACUCGGCAUCUCUUUCGGAUGUUCGCGAGCAAACCAAUUUUGGCAGUUCCAAAGGCUCCUCCAACAAUGGAGGAUUUUCCCAGGUUUUCUUGGGUAAUCCACCUCUCGACCUGUUGGAACCUGGUGAGGCCGUGGAUCCAAACAGAUACAGCAGUAUCGAUGACUCGCUGAGUAAAGUCAACACCCAAAGCCCAGGGAGUUCUUCUGAGCCUUUGAAGAUGGAAAAGAUUGCCGUGGAGCUGCUUUCGAGCCACCAGGUGCUGUUCAUCUUUCAUGUCCUCUCUAUCAUGGCUCGUUUGAGGCCUGAGUUUAUCUUCAAACGUGAUGGCGAGAAUUUAACAAAGAUCGGGGUCAAGCUCACUCUAUGGGGCCACACUGUGGUCAUUGCCCCGUCUCAAAGCUCCGUUGCCGAAGCAAACAUCGCUGCAUGUCGUCGGGCUUUGGAGAUGAUCUCAAAAACUAAUCCUGAGUGGCUGGUUCCUCCCCAGCCUAUUGAUGGGCCCACGACUCCUGAUUGGAAUUGGAUCUGGAUGCUGAAUGACUACUGCAUGGAGCGAGCCUGGCCUCAGCCUCUGUACCGACCCAGCAGUAACGGAAAUCUUUGGCACUGUGACACCUCCGUCAAAGACAAGCUUUUCCGCACUGUCCGAGAAUGCCGUAGUCUGGGAGAGGCGCAGAAUACCGCUGCGCACACCGCACUGUAUCAGCUGAUGGUGAUCGAGUCAGAGGAUGUUCUCCCUGGCUCUUUCCCUGUUGUUUCUGCAAUCUUUUCGACUACUGUCACAGCUAGCACGCCAAAGCCGGUACAGGAAUCAAUUCAGAAGCAGUGUACCCAGAUUCUGCGCUCGGGAAAGCCCCUCCAGCCGAAGAAGGCAGCUCGUGGGUAUGCAGGCGUGACCAAAUCCGUUCCUCCACCUGUGAUGUCUAAGCGAGCUAGAAAAAGGUUCAAUGCAAACUUGCGACAACGGGAAGCCGAGAAUCAAAAUCAGAAUCAGCAUCAGUAUCAUCCAAAGCCCCAAACCCAGUCUCAUCCCCAGCCCCAGCCCGCAAAUCGCCUGCCCCCUCCAAGUCCGCCUCCUUUCGUCGCCCGCGCUUCGAACAUGAUUCCAUUGGCGAACAGUCGACUGGCACCACUCCGUGAGACCGAAAAGCCAACCGAAGACCCUUUGGCAAAGUUGAAGAGUGUGGAAAAUGAGCUCAAUUUGCUGAGUACUCGCGCAUCGUUCCGUCGGAUCAUGGAGAAAAUCUGCGACGUCCUGGGAGCAAACUACCCCAGAGUCAUCCGUGAAAAGAAACCCGGCAACCACCCUCACGUCUACCAGAUGUUCGCCAAAUUCGACAGUAGUCACCCAUACCUCAGCCGCGCAAGCCCAAUCAAGCUCACUGACGUCGAGAACCCCGAUCCUGAGAUCGCCGAAGAGAUCGCCGUCAAGCAUGUCAUUCUGCAUAUGCUCAGGAUGGCCAAGGAGGAUGCUAACGUCUCUGAUAAGACGUACAAGGACCAGCUGAGUGGGCUACAUCGCAUCGAAGGUGAGACGAAGGAUUGUUUGGAUCGCCAGAGUCGGCCAUCCGGGGUCCUUUCUUAUUAA